AUGCCUUUUGUUUUAAGAUGGUUAGGAAACAUGUGUUCUGCUGCACUGACUCAUGUAGAGCUUAUUCAACACUAUACAUCUGCUUCUGGACUGUGCUGGGGGCAGGGGAGCAGAAUCACAUGCCCUCAGCAAAUGCUGUACUCUUUAUUAUUAAACUGCAGUGUGGAUUACACUUCCAGUCCUAGAAAGCAACAUGUUGAUUGUUGUGAAAUAAAAAGGAAAGAACUAAAUAUUAACAACUUCCCUACUCCCCAAGCUUCAAAAGCUAUUUGUCAAGGAGUGAGUGGGGCUGCCAUUUUGAUAAAAAUAGUAAUAAUAAACGACUCAGCUCAGUAG